GUUAAAUCGAAAGUGCAGCUGUGAAUUUACAACUGCGUUCAACCACUUGUCUCUCUAUCGAAUCAUCGAAUGGAGCUAUCAAAUUAACCGGUGGGGUUCUCCAUCGGACCAUGGCAGUUACUAAAGCUUCUAAAGACCAGAAAUACGAUAGACAAUUGAGAUUGUGGGGUGACCAUGGCCAAGAAGAACUUGAAAAUGCACACGUAUGCCUGAUCAAUUCCACAGCAUCUGGGACUGAAAUACUCAAGAACCUUGUGCUUCCAGGCAUUGGAGCGUUCACUAUUGUCGAUGGACACAAAGUCUCAGGGGAAGACGUCGGAAAUAACUUUUUUCUGAGCAACAACAGCAUAGGAAGGAACCGAGCCCAGGCUGCCACAGAGCUGCUACAGGAGCUGAACACUGAUGUAUCUGGCAACUUUGUGGAGGAGAGCCCUGAAAAGCUCUUGGACAACAACCCAGAGUUCUUCCACAGAUUUACCCUGGUGAUUGGUGUCCAGCUGCCAGAAAGUACGUGUUUGAGACUGGGGUCAGUGUUGUGGAAUGCAAACAUACCUUUCCUGGUGUGUAGAACGUAUGGCCUCAUCGGUUACAUGAGGCUAGUAGUGAAGGAGCACACAGUGAUUGAGUCUCAUCCAGACAAUGCCUUGGAGGACCUGAGGCUUGACCAACCUUUUGCAGAGCUCAAGAACCACAUCCAGUCCUACGACUUGGAGGGAAUGGGGAAGAAGGAUCACAGUCAUACACCAUGGAUCAUCAUUGUUGCCAAAUACCUAGAAAAGUGGUUCAGUGAGCACAAUUUUCAGUUCCCGAAGAACUACAAAGAGAAGGAGGCCUUCAAACAGCUUAUACGGCAAGGAAUCCUGAAGAGUGAGAAGGGAACUCCUGAGGAUGAGGAGAACUUUGAGGAGGCCAUCAAGAACGUCAACACAGCCCUUAACCCCACCAAGAUUUCAAGUGGCGUUGACGACAUAUUCAAUGGAGAGCAAUGCAAUAACAUUACAUCACAGACUCCAGCCUUCUGGGUGAUGACGCGAGCAGUGAGGGAGUUUGUGCACAACGACGGUGGCGGAAACCUACCUGUGCGUGGCUCCAUUCCAGACAUGAUUGCGGACUCAGAGAAAUUCAUCACCCUCCAGAAUAUUUAUAGAGAGAAGGCAAUGCAAGAUGCUUCUGUCGUGUCUAAGCAUGUGGAGUCUCUCCUGCAGUCUGUUGGAAAGCCCUCGGAGAGCAUAUCUGAGCAGGACAUCAAACAUAUUCUGUGAGUAUGUAAGAACGCUGCAUUCCUGAGGGUGGUACGCUGCAGGUCUCUGGCUGAAGAAUACAGUGUGGAGACGGUCAAUAAAGAUGCGAUCACCUCCUGCAUGGACAGUGCAGAUGGGGAGAUGGUGUUGUACCUAAUGUUGCGCUCUGUGGACCGUUUCUAUCAGCAGCAUUCCCGCUACCCAGGUGUCUACAAUUACCAAGUAGAAGAAGACAUUAGCAAGUUGAAGCUGUGUGUGAACAGCCUUCUGCAGGAGUACAGCCUGAACGUCAAUGUGAAAGAUGACUACAUCCACGAGUUCUGUCGCUAUGGUGCUUCUGAGCCACACACAGUGGCAUCCUUUUUGGGAGGAUCUGCUGCACAAGAGGCCAUCAAAAUCAUCACUCGUCAGUUUGUUCCCUUCAACAAUACACUCAUCUACAAUGCCAUGUCCCAGACAACUGCCACGUUUCAGCUGUAGAAAAAGCUAUUUUCCUCCUUAAUGACAUGCACUUAACCCCUCUGUAAAUUAUAUGAAUGGAAUGUUGCAGCGCAGUAGCAGUGAUAACUGAAAGUUUGUGUAGUUGGAACACUUUGUUCAUACUGUAUGUUUCCACCAAUUAUUUUUAUGUUGUGGCUGAAAGAAAGAGGAAGUUCUGAUGGACUGUUUCCGAUUACUUUUCAAUGUUUGUGUUCUGGCUGGUUUAUUCUCACACAUUAAGUGUUGUACCUAUUAGUACCUAUUAGUACAUUUGAAUCAUUUACCUGCCAAAUUCUAACCAUUCAAGAAAUGUCUCAGGGUUUGAAUUAUUUCCUCUGAAGAUAUCCUGUACUAAACAGAUGAGGAAGUUUGCGGUAAAUGCAUGUGGUGUACCUGUACAUUAGGUACCCAAGGAACUCUGAUUGUGCACCAACAUCUUGCGCCCUGAUGGGCAACAGUCUGGACAUGAUACUUUACAUGGCCAGCAGUAGGGGUCACAUUGUCCUGUCCAAAUCAAAAUGAGCUGACUAUCAUGUGAGCUUUAUGAUGAACAAGCAAAAUUGCCACCCUAAUUUGCCCAAAGUUGACUGAUUGGGCACAAUUCCCAAGACAUUGGCCUGAUGGUGAUAAACUCUGUGGGAAAAAAAUGUGUUACCUUUUCCUGUUGACUGGUAGAAUAACCCCAACAUGACACAAGCGUCUCUAUAUGCAAAACAAUUUUUUUUAAAUCCUCUUCAGAGCUGUGUAAUAUGUUGUUUUGGUUCCUUCCCCAGUUCAGAUUAUAGAGCAUUGGUGGAGUGGUGUUUGUCACAAAAUGCAGUGUGUUUUCUGUGGUGAGCAGGCACUCUGCUGACUACACACUUGGAGCAGAAACUCAUCAUAAAGAUUUCUUGGGAGUAUGGCUGUUUCCUCCCCCCAAUUAAUAAAAAAUGCUCUGUA